UGUGGCUCUGGCAAGGAGACUGCGGUUUCUCACAAUUCUACUGGAUUAGCUACUGUGGAGUAGUGGAAGCAUGGAUACGCCGCAACAAAAGGGAACGACGAGACGGAAAGUUUGAAGGAAGGCUGGCGCAAUUUCAUAGACUGGAGUCCCAAAGAACAGAACUGAGAAGCGAUAUGUUCGUCAUAAAGUGGGAUUUGUUGUUUGUUAUUUUCGGGCUGUCCAAAGUAAUCUCCCUGGCGAAUGGCUACAUUGUACACAUCAACGAGGAUGCGGAACCGGGGACGGUCAUUUCAAGUGUGCAACAGAGUGGGGCUUGUACUUUGGACCAGGUAAUAGCUCCGAAAUUCACAAAGCCCUUCAUUGAAACUGAUGAGGCGGCGGGCAUUGUGUCCGUUUCGGGUGCUUUGCAUUGUGACUUGUUCCUUUCAAACCCUUUCUCUGUGUAUACUGUCGCAGACUGUGUGACUCACGUCCCCGGUUUUAGACACCUUCUAACUACUGAGUAUGAUGUGCAUGUUCACGGCAGGAACUGUUUAAACAAACACAAGCGUAAAACGAAAUGGGACCUUGAUGUAAUAAGUUUGUUAAAUGUCAAUAGCCAUCAGCCCGAGUGCUACAAGGCUGACACUUAUCUUUUCUCUGUAUGGGAUCUGUUGCCCGGUUCUCUGAGCUCAAGCAGUGUGCGCUGCAAUGUUACCGCGAGUUCGGAUUUUUACCUUUCUGAUGGGCAAUUAAUUGUUUCACGGGCUGUGUGCUUUAAACACGAAACUUUGUUGGAGUUUGACCUGCGCUGCAUCAGACACGGCGAGGGCGCCGCCGAGAGCGCGGUGAAAAGGAGGCAUGAGAAUGCCUAUGACAUCUCGGUGCACUGGCGUGUGGGUCGCGGCUCUUUCAAGCAAGGCUAUCUGGAGAAGCUGCUGAAGAGAGCGGCCCGGUCUGACUCUGGUAUAGUGAGCAGAAGGAAGCGGAAUGUCAACAGUAGCCCACAGUUUCAGCCACCCAUGUACCAGGUGUCAGUGGCAGAAAACAAGCCAGCUGGCACUCCUGUGAUUGUUUUGAAAGCUGUGGACCCCGAUGAGGGGGAGGCAGGCAGGCUGGAUUACUUCAUUGAGGCUCUGUUCGACAGCCGCUCCAACAAUCUUUUUGCUGUUGACCCUGUCAAUGGGAUCGUUUCCACUGUUGAGAUACUGGACAGGGAGACCAAGGACACACAUGUGUUUCGAGUGACUGCAGUGGACCAUGGCACACCAAGGCGCACAGCAAUGGCCACACUGACUAUAACGGUGAGCGAUACGAAUGACCACGACCCCGUCUUUGAACAGCAGGACUACAAAGAGAGUGUGCGUGAAAACCUGGAGAUUGGCUAUGAGGUGCUGACUGUGCGUGCCACUGAUGGAGAUGCACCCGUCAACGGAAACAUCUUCUACCAUGUGAUCAACAGCAAUGGCACCAAUGCCGUGUUUGAGAUCGACUCACGCUCAGGGGUGAUUCGCACCAAGGGCCCUGUGGACCGCGAAUCUGUUGACGCCUACAUGCUUCUGGUAGAGGCCAAUGACCAAGGACAGGAGCCAGGCCCGCGCAGUGCUACGGCGACCGUGCAUAUCUUGGUGGAGGACGAAAAUGACAAUGCGCCUCAGUUCAGCGAGAAGCGAUACGUGGUGCAGGUGCCUGAAGACCUGGCGCCCAACACCGAGAUCCUCCAGGUGACUGCCACGGACCAGGACAAGGGCAGCAACGCGGUGGUCCACUUCAGCAUCAUGAGCGGCAACACGCGAGGCCAGUUCUACAUCGACGCCCAGAGUGGCAAGAUGGACCUCGUGAGCCAGCUGGACUACGAGGCCAACAAGGAGUACACACUCCGCAUCCGCGCGCAGGACGGCGGUCGCCCCCCGCUCUCCAACAUCAGCGGUCUGGUCACGGUGCAGGUGCUCGACGUCAACGACAACGCACCCAUUUUCGUGAGCACCCCCUUCCAGGCCACCGUGCUGGAGAAUGUUCCGGUGGGCUACUCGGUCAUCCACAUCCAGGCAGUGGACGCCGACUCUGGAGACAACUCGCGCCUGGAUUACCGUCUGGUGGAGACCACCCCUAACUUCCCCUUCAUCAUCAACAACAGCACGGGCUGGAUUGUGGUGGCGGCCGAGCUCGACCGAGAGAGCGUGGACUUCUACAACUUCGGCGUCGAGGCACGUGACCAUGGGACGCCCAUCAUGUCCUCCUCGGCCAGCAUCAGCAUGACCAUUCUCGACGUGAACGACAACAAUCCAGAGUUCACGCAGAAGGCCUACUACAUGCGCCUGAACGAGGACGCCGCCGUGGGGACCAGCGUGGUGACCGUGUCGGCCGUGGACCAGGACAUCAACAGCGUGGUGACCUACCAGAUCUCCAGCGGCAACACGCGCAACCGCUUCUCCAUCACGAGCCAGAGCGGCGGCGGUCUCAUCACGCUGGCUCUGCCGCUGGACUACAAGCUCGAGCGGCAGUACGUGCUAAGCGUCACGGCCUCGGACGGCACACGGUUCGACACCGCCAAGGUCUACAUCAACGUGACCGACGCCAACACGCACCGACCGGUGUUUCAGAGCUCCCACUACACCGUGAACAUCAACGAGGACCGACCUGUUGGGACCACCGUGGUGGUGAUAAGCGCCACAGACGAGGACACUGGGGAGAACGCACGUAUCACUUACUUCAUGGACGACAGCAUCCCACAAUUCAACAUCGACCCCGACACAGGAGCAGUCACAACGCAAAUGGAGAUGGACUAUGAAGACCAGUUGUCCUACACGUUGGCCAUCACGGCCCGGGACAAUGGCAUCCCACAGAAGUCCGACACGACCUACUUGGAGAUCUUAGUGAGCGACGUAAACGAUAACUCCCCGCGCUUCAUCCGAGAUCGCUACACGGGCUCGGUGAUGGAGGACGUGCCGGUGUUCACCAGCGUGGUCCAGGUGUCCGCCACGGACCGCGACUCUGGGCUGAACGGACGCGUGUUCUACACCUUCCAAGGCGGUGAAGAUGGCGAUGGUGACUUCAUCAUCGAGUCCACCUCUGGUAUUGUCCGCACGCUGCGACGCCUUGACCGUGAAAACAUGCCGAUUUACAACCUGCAGGCGUACGCGGUGGAUAAAGGAGUGCCCGCUCUCAAAACACCCGUGGACAUCCAGGUGACAAUUCUGGACGUGAACGAUAACCCUCCCGUGUUUGAGAAGGACGAGUUUGACAUCUUGGUGGAAGAGAACAGCCCCAUUGGGCUGGUGGUUGCCCACAUCUCGGCCUCUGACCCCGACGAGGGGAGCAACGCUCAGAUCAUGUACCAGAUUGUGGAGGGUAACAUCCCUGAGGUGUUCCAGCUGGACAUCUUCUCUGGAGAACUCACUGCGCUGAUGGACCUGGACUACGAGAUCCGCUCCGAGUACGUGAUCGUGGUCCAGGCCACCUCUGCCCCACUGGUGAGCCGAGCCACGGUCCACAUCAAGCUCGUCGACAAGAACGACAACGUCCCCGUCCUGAAAAACUUCCAGAUCAUCUUCAACAACUAUGUGACCGACAAGUCCAACAGCUUCCCCACAGGAGUGAUUGGCCGGAUCCCGGCUUUCGACCCGGAUGUGUCGGACCAGCUGCAUUACAGCUUUGAGGCUGGAAAUGAGUUGAACCUGGUCCUGCUCAACCAGAGCACCGGGGAGAUUCGCCUGAGCCGUGACCUGGACAACAACAGACCCCUGGAGGCUUCCAUGAAGAUUGCCGUCUCAGACGGGGUCCACUCGGUGUCGGCCCAGUGCCUGCUGCAGGUGACCAUCAUCACGGACGAGAUGCUCUCCAACAGCAUCACGCUGCGGCUGGCCAACACGUCGCAGGAGCGCUUCCUGUCGCUGCUGCUGGCCCAGUUCCUGGAGGGCGUGGCGCGCGUGCUCUCGGCGGCGCGCGAGGACGUGGUGGUCUUCAACGUGCAGGACGACACCGACGUCAGCGCCAGCAUCCUCAACGUCAGCCUCUCCGUGGCCGUGCCGGGCGAGGGAACCGGCGGAGCGUCGGGACGGGGCGGCCACGGCGUGGAGUUCCUGGGCUCGGAGGAGCUGCAGGAGCGGCUGUACCUGAACCGCAGCCUGCUGGCGCGCAUCUCCUCGCAGGAGGUGCUGCCCUUCGAUGACAACAUCUGCCUGCGCGAGCCCUGCGAGAACUACAUGAAGUGCGUGUCGGUGCUCAAGUUCGACAGCCUGGCGCCGUUCGUGGCGUCCGACACCAUCCUGUUCCGGCCCAUCCAGCCCAUCGCCGGCCUGCGCUGCCGCUGCCCGGCGGGCUUCACGGGCGACUACUGCGAGACCGAGGUGGACCUGUGCUACUCCAAGCCCUGCGGCCCGCACGGCACCUGCCGCAGCCGGGAGGGCGGCUACACCUGCGAGUGUCUGGACGACUACACAGGGGAGCGGUGUGAGCUGUCUUCGAGGUCGGGCCGCUGUGCCCCCGGCGUGUGUAAGAACGGCGGCGCGUGUGUGAACCUGCUGGUGGGCGGCUUCCGCUGCGAGUGUCCGGCGGGCGGCUACGAGAAGCCCUACUGCGAGAUGACCACCCGCAACUUCCCCCCGCAGUCCUUCCUGACCUUCAAGGGCCUGCGCCAGCGCUUCCACUUCACCCUGUCCCUCUCGUUCGCCACCAGAGAGCCCAACGGCCUGCUGCUCUACAACGGCCGCUUCAACGAGAAGCAUGACUUCAUCGCCGUGGAGAUCAUUAACCAGCAGAUCCAGCUGACGUUCUCUGCAGGCGAGACCAAGACGACGGUGUCCCCUUACGUCCACGGGGGCGUGAGCGACGGCCAGUGGCACGUCAUCCAGGUGCACUACUACAACAAGCCUAUUCUAAACCAGGCCGGCCUCCCUCAGGGCCCAUCCGACCAGAAGGUUGUCGUGGUGACUGUGGAUAACUGUGACACAUCUGUGGCACUGAGAUUCGGUCACGUGAUUGGGAACUACUCCUGCUCAGCCCAAGGCAGCCAAUCAGGAUCUAAGAAAUCUUUAGACCUGACGGGUCCUCUACUGCUGGGUGGGGUCCCCACACUACCCGAGGACUUCCCCAUUCAGAACAGGCAGUUUGUGGGCUGCAUGAAGGACCUGCGCAUAGACAACCGCCACAUCGACAUGGCCAGCUUCAUCGCCAACAACGGCACCCUGCCAGGCUGCUCGGCCAAGAGGCACUUCUGCAACACCAGCCCCUGCCUGAACGGAGGCACCUGCGUCAACUUGUGGGGAUCCUACAGCUGUGACUGCCCCCUAGGCUUCGGAGGACGCAACUGCGAAAAAGUGAUGCCAAAUGCACAGCGUUUCCAGGGAAACAGCCUGUUGCUGUGGAGCAAUUUGGCGGUGUCUGUGACGUUGCCAUGGCAGCUCGAGAUCAUGUUCCGAACCCGGGAACCGAGCUCGACCCUCUUGCACCUGACAGCGGGUCAGCACCACAACCUGACUCUGCAGCUGCGGGAGGGCAGACUGCAGCUGCUGCUGCAGCGUGGCGAGGACUCGGGGCUGUCUCGUCUUGAUGAUGUCACGGUGAAUGACGGGGACUGGCACCACGCCCAGGUGGAACUGCGGGGGGGCGCUGGAGGAGGAGCCGGACGCCACAGGCUCCUGCUGACCUUUGACCACGGCCUCUACACGGCCAGUAUGGAGGUGGACAACAAGCUGAAGGGGGCCAAACUGAAGACGCUGAGCGUGGGGGGCUUCACUGGGAACAACGGCAAAGUGUUGCAAGGAUUCCGUGGCUGCAUUCAGGGUCUGCGUAUAGGGGACGGCCCCAGCAGCAUGGUGUCCCUGAGCCUGUCUCAGGCCCGCCGGGUCAACGUGGAGUCGGGCUGCAACGUGCCCGACCCCUGCCUGUCCAACCCCUGCCCAGCCCACAGCUACUGCAGCGACGACUGGGACUCCUACUCCUGCACCUGCCACACAGGUUACUAUGGCACCAACUGCACUGACGCAUGCAUGCUGAACCCCUGCGAGCACCUAUCAGCUUGCACCAGGAAGCCAAGCUCCUCCCACGGCUAUGUGUGUGACUGCCCCAGCAACUACUUUGGCCAGUACUGCGAGAAGAAGACUGACCUGCCGUGCCCUAGAGGUUGGUGGGGUCAUAAGACAUGUGGACCAUGUGACUGCCAAACAGACAAGGGCUUCGACGCUGACUGCAACAAGACCAGUGGGGAAUGCCGCUGCAAGGAUAACCAUUACCGGCCGCUGGGCAGUGACGUGUGCCUGCUGUGCGACUGCUACCCGGUGGGCUCCUUCUCGCGAGCGUGUGACCGGGAGAGCGGCCAGUGCCAGUGCAAAGCCGGUGUGAUCGGGCGCCAGUGCGACCGCUGCGACAACCCCUUCGCCGAGGUCUCCGCCAAUGGCUGCGAAGUGAUCUAUGACAGCUGUCCCCAGGCCAUUGAGGCGGGGAUCUGGUGGCCCAGGACCAAGUUUGGCCUCCCUGCUGCAGUGCCCUGUCCAAAGGGCUCCGUGGGCACAGCCAUUCGUCACUGUGAUGAGCACAAAGGCUGGCUGCCUCCCAACCUCUUCAACUGCACCUCGGUGACCUUCACCAAACUCAAGACACUGGCGGAUCGUCUGACGCGCAACUCGUCCCUGCUGGAGUCGUCGGAGGUGCAGCGCACGGCCACGCAGCUGGCCAACGCCACGCGCCACACCCGCAGCUACUACGGCAGCGACGUCAAGGUGGCGUACCGGCUGACCCAGAGCCUGCUGCUGCACGAGAGCAGCCAGCAGGGCUUCAGCCUGGCCGCCACGCAGGACGUGCACUUCAACGAGAACCUGCUGCAGGUGGGCAGUGCCAUCCUGGCGGGGGAGACGCGUCCGCACUGGGAGCUGAUCCAGCAGACGGAGGGGGGCACGGCGGCGCUGCUGCGCCAGUACGAGGAGUACACCAACACGCUGGCGCAGAACAUGAGGAAGACCUACCUCAGCCCCUUCACCAUCGUCCUGCCCAACAUCGUCAUAUCCAUUGACCGGCUGGACAAGAUGAACUUCGCUGGUGCCAAGCUCCCCCGUUAUCAGUCCCUACGCGGCCCCCGACCUUUUGACCUCGAGACGGCGGUCACGCUCCCCGACUCGGUCUUCGAGCCCGCCACCGAGGGCAAAGGUCAGCGGCCGGCGGAGCCCCUCCCAGAGGCCGUGGGCAUCAACCGGACGACGUCGGCGUCCACCCGCAGGCGGCGACACCCGGACCAGCGAGAGGAGGACGCCAUCGCCAGCGUCAUCAUCUUCCACAGCCUGGCGGGACUGCUGCCCGAGAGAUACGACCCAGACAAGAGGAGCCUGAGAGUUCCCAAGCGGCCCGUCAUCAACACCCCGGUGGUGAGCAUCACGGUGCAUGACAAUGAGGAGCUGCUGCAGCACGCCCUGAAUAAGCCCAUCACCGUGCAGUUCCGCCUCGUCACCACCGAGGAGCGCUCCAAGCCCAUCUGCGUCUUCUGGAACCAUUCUAUAGUAACGGGCUCCCCUGGGGGCAGUGGUGCCUGGUCAGCUAAAGGCUGUGAUGUGGUGUUCCGGAACAGCACCCACAUCAGCUGCCAGUGCUACCACAUGACCAGCUUCGCUGUGCUCAUGGACAUCUCCAGACGAGAGAACGGGGAGAUCCUGCCGGUGCAGCUGGUGACGUGGAGCACGGUGGGCGUGACGCUGGGCUUCCUGUUGCUGACCAUACUCUUCCUGGCCGGCCUGCGCGCCAUGCACAGCAACCGCACCAGCAUCCUCAGCAACGCCGCCGCAGCCCUCUUCAUCGCCGAGCUCACCUUCAUGCUGGGCAUCAACCAGGCCGACAACCCCUUCCUGUGCACGGUGAUUGCCAUCCUGCUGCACUUCUUCUACCUGUGUGCGUUCUCCUGGCUCUUCCUGGAGGGGCUGCACGUGUACCGCAUGCUCACCGAGCUGCGCGACAUCAACUACGGCCCCAUGCGCUUCUACUACAUGAUUGGCUGGGGGGUGCCCGCAUUCAUCACAGGGCUGGCGGUGGGCCUGGACCCAGAGGGCUACGGGAACCCAGACUUCUGCUGGCUCAGCAUCUACGACACGCUCAUCUGGAGCUUUGCAGGGCCCAUCGCCCUGGUGGUGUCUAUGAACAUCUUCCUGUACAUCCUGUCCUCCAAGGCCUCCUGCGCCAUGCGACACCACAGCUUUGAGAAGAAGGAGCCGCCUGUUACGGGCUUGAGGACUGCAUGUGGCGUCCUUUUCCUGGUCACAGUGACCUGUCUGCUGGGCAUCCUGUCGGUCAACAGUGACAUGAUCAUCUUCCACUACCUGUUUGCUGCAUUCAACUGUCUACAGGGACCCUUCAUCUUCUUCUUCCGCAUCGUCUUCAAUAAGGAGGCGAGGGAGGCCAUGAAGUACUGCUGCAGCCGCAAGAGGCCCGAUCACAUGAUCAAGUCCAAGCCCUCCUCGUACAACUGCAACACCAGCUACAUGGACGGGCGUCUGUACCACCUGCCGUUCGGAGACUCCAGCGGCUCCCUCAACGGCACCCUGCAGAGCGGCAAGAGCCAGCAGAGCUACGUGCCGUUCGUCCUCAGAGACGAUGUUGGGAUGGAUAACAGCCAGGCCCACAUUGCGCUGAACGACCAUAACUCCCUCUUUCAUGACAUCAAAGAACAUGUAGACGAUGAAGAUUCGGACUCUGACAGUGACCUGUCUGAGCUGGAGGACGACCAGAGCGGCUCCUACGCCUCGACCCACUCUUCGGACAGCGAGGACGAGGACGGGCCGUACCCUGAGGAGGAAUGCUGGGAAAGUCUGGCCACUGGCUCCGGCAAACGUCCACAAGGGGAGUAUGCAGACGAUGACGAAAGUGGGGCCGAGAAGUUGAGGGUGGAGACGCUGACCCAUCCGGACGACCGAUACGGAGACCGAGCAGAGGCUUAUGGGAAGGAGAACCUGCUUCUGCUGCUGCCCAGCAUCCCCAACCCCAACGCCCACCCACAGAAAGGCAUCCUGAAGAAGAAGCAGCUGUCUCCUAUUGCCGAAAGGAACGGCAUCAACCGCAUCCACAACGAGCUGGCUGGCCCCGCCUCCUCGCGAGGCUCCUCCUCCAGUGAGGGGAAGGGCGGCGGGGCGAAGGCCAGCGUGCCGGAGCAGCUGAACGGCGUCGCGCUGAGCAUCAAAGCCAAGGGGGCCGCGGACGACGACUCGUCAGGAUCAGACCACCGCAGUACAUCCAUGUGACCAGCCUGACGGACGGGUGUGUCUUUGCAGGUCCUAGAGCCACACUCCCCACAUUCUGUUUCCUGCCUCCUGACCUUCACGACCACACACCAGUGUAUUCUUAUUGGCCGGAAGAGGAGAAGAGUGACAGGAGGGCGGGUCUGAGGAGUCCUUCUGUUUCUCUGUGUCUUAAGCUGUAUUUCAUUUAUGAUGUUUUACAUCCGGAAACUGUUACUGCACCAUCAUCUUUCUCUCAGUAGAGUUCUCUAUUUUUUUGUGCCAAACCUCACGCGCGUCUGUCUGCCCCAGACCACGACAGGGCUGCACUGAUCACACUGAGGCCAUCUUUGGUUUCCUCAUUAUGGUUUUAGCAUAUAUAUCUUUUUUUUAUUUUUGUUUACAUACUUGAAGCAAUGCACUUUUUUUGAUCAAUUAUGAUGCUCAGUUUGAUGCCAUGCUCACCCGUGAAAACAGGAAUUCACCUCCAGUUGUCGUCUUUAUCAUUUGUUGUUAUUGUUGUUUUUUAUGUCACACAGAGGAAAUGCGAUUAAGUUCCUCUUUGUCGGGGUUUCUUGGUCCCGACUGAACACUGCUUUCGGGGAAGUUCCCCCGUCCAAUCUCAACCACUCACUACUCCUGGAAGGGCCAGUUGUACAGUUUCAUUUUCAUGUUUACGUUUUUAAGAAAAUACUUUAUGAAGGAAGAUGCUAAUCAAGAGUGCAGAUGACCUCAGACGUCUGCUUAUUAAACAAGACUGUGCUAGGAGUAAUCCAGAGAGCAUGACGGCCUCUGGAAGGGACUACUGCUGAUAUCAGGAAGGUCAAACACUGAAGGACUUGCCUGUGCUGAUGUGUAAAGGACACAUCUGGCAGAACGUGUAGCGUGGGGACUAAAGACAGACAUUCAGCUGCUACAGACAAAUAAAGAGGUGUUACCACCGCACAACAUCAUGGAAAAUGCUAUAAACUGCUGAAUCACUGUGGUUCCUCACAAGGCCGAUCGUCAAGACGACACCUCCAGUUCCGGAAUUCUCUCUAAGACUGUGAACCUGCCGGCCUGCCUUGUCCACCACACUAGGCCUUUUGUUUUGUAACACCAGUGGGAGACUUUUCGAGAAAUCAGAUCAGAGGGAAAAUAAUAACAUGUGUGACAUGUGCUACAAUGGACUUUUGAUACCUAAAAGAAAACUUUUGUAAAAAAAAAAAGACAAAAUGCUGGGAGAGAAUUUUAUAUGACCAUUUGAAAACGCUCCUUAUCUUUUGUUUUGUCUGAGAGAUUUGCCUUUCGCCGUUUUGUUUCUGUGAUAACUUUGUAUUUUAUAGAUUAGAUAUGAUAUGAAGGCCACAAUACUGUUUUGUAAAAUACUGGCAAAUGUGUGAUGUUUGUAGAAAUGUUGCUGUACAGACUUGUAAGGAGAGCAUAAACUAUUUACACUAAUACUCCCCUCCCCCACUUCAAGGGGUCUUCAUUACAAAUGUAUUCAUGUUGAUGGAAAUAAACCACUGAUUCCCUGAUUCUUACCAUAUUACUUAAAGCCAACAUGUCACAUGACACAUUUGAUGGGAUGGGAUUUCAAUCAAUUAAUCUGUUUUGUGAAUUUUGAACAAAAAUUGAAGUUCAACGUCUUUCAUAUUAAGUUAUUUUUUUAUUGCUAUUUUUUUUCCCAGGUUCAUCAUUAUGAGUGUAGAUAAUCUAUAGAUAUAAAUGACUAGCUUUCAAAUGUUGUGUUCCAUUUCAUUUGACUUCUACUAAGCUCUGAAGUCUAUGAUUCACAGACAUGUAUUCAGCCUACAAAUGCACAAAUACAUUGGUCUCAGUUUAAUCUUUUGCAAUGCCCAAUGAUCAAACCCAUGGAAAAACUCACACAGAAGUGAAAAUGGCUGUUAACGUCUGUCAGUCUUUGUCAAUUAUUUUGCUUCACUGUUUACUGAGAAAAGGUGACAAGGCUGAUUAUGUUGAACAUGGCUACAGAUGCUUGAUGUCAUUUCUGUCUAUAGUGCAGUCAAGGUACUACUGAAUCAAUCCUUUAUCAUGUUCACUAUUGCUGAUAUAAGGGGCCUAUAAUAUGUGGAAGCAAUGUCUCUUAGUGGUCCAAACUGCCCUCUAUAUUUUUGGCUUAAUUUACUCUCUACUCUUCUUUCUGGAAUUUUCCACAUUCUGUGGUGCAUAUAUUCAUGUGACAGGAGUGAUGCAUUCUGUCUCUUGAUAUUUUCCCAGCUAUUGAUGUCAAAGCUUUAGUGAAACAGGGUAGAAAACAUAUGGGUUGUAUUUUUCUAUGUGAAGCCGCUUUGUAAUGGACCGCACCAAACUUGGAGUAAAUCAGACUGUGUUUUUAA